CAUACUCGCAAAACCUUGCUCGCUCCCCAUAAACCCUAACCCAACAAAAAAGACUGACUAAAAAGGCAAAAAAAAAAACCAUUUGUUUUGCUGGAAACCAAACCAUGAUCAGUCACCCUUCCUUUUCCUCUAGUUUCAAACACAAAUCAUGGAGCUAACCCUAGCUCAUCGCAGCCUUUUCUUUCCUCUUAAAAGAUGUUAAUUUUCUUGCGCAGUCUCUUCGGCAUCGGACGCAGAACCUCUCAUCGUCUCACCGCCUUCUCCCAUAACCCUAAUCACAUCUCCAACACUUGUUCUUCAUCUCCAUCUCUAGUUUCUCCUUUCAUUUGGUUGAGCUGUUUCAUCUGCUUGAUUCGCUUUCCCUUUGUUAGCAACCGGCAUUUUCACAAUUUUGACUGUUUUGACAAGGAUUCUGUCCGAGAAAUCGUUCGGGAACAGCGCUGGGACGAUUUUCGGAUUGUGAGUUUGUUUGAUUCGGCUUUGGCGCCGAUUUGGGCUUCUAGGGUUUUGGUGGAAUUGUGCCAGGACGCGAGGCUGGCAUUGAGGUUUUUCGAAUGGGCCAAGGGUAGGAUUGGGUUUCAGCAUACUUCGGAGGCCUACUGUAUUCUAGUUCACAUAUUGUUUUGUGCUAGAUUUUACUCCGAUGCCAAUGCGGUCUUGAAAGAAUUGAUUUGUUUGAGGCGGGUUUUGCCCAGUUGGGAUGUGUUUGAUUUAUUGUGGGCCACGAGGAAUGUUUGUGUUCCGGGUUUUGGCGUUUUUGAUGCUUUGUUUAGUGCUUUGAUUGAGUUGGGGAUGCUUGAAGAAGCGAGUGAGUGUUUUUUGAAGAUGAGGAAGUUUAGGGUGUUUCCGAAGCCUAGGUCUUGCAAUGCUCUUUUACAUAGGCUUUCAAAGGUAGGGAGAGGGGAUUUGUCUAGGAAGUUUUUUAAAGAUAUGGGUGCAGCGGGGAUCAAACGGUCGGUCUUUACUUAUAAUAUAAUGAUAGACUAUUUGUGCAAAGAAGGGGAUUUGGAAAUGGCGAGAAGCUUGUUUACACAGAUGAAAGAGGCAGGUUUCACGCCGGAUAUUGUAACUUACAAUUCUCUUAUUGAUGGGCAUGGAAAGUUGGGGCUAUUGGAUGAGUGUAUAUGUAUAUUUGAACAAAUGAAGGAUGCAGAUUGUGAUCCUGAUGUUAUAACAUAUAAUGCUUUAAUAAACUGUUUUUGUAAAUUUGAAAGGAUGCCAAAGGCCUUUGAGUUUCUCCAUGAGAUGAAGGCAAAUGGGUUGAAACCAAAUGUUGUAACAUAUAGCACAUUUAUUGAUGCUUUUUGCAAGGAAGGGAUGUUGCAAGAGGCAAUAAAGUUUUUUGUUGACAUGAGGCGAGUUGCACUCACUCCUAAUGAAUUCACAUAUACGUCUUUGAUUGAUGCGAAUUGUAAAGCAGGUAACUUGGCUGAAGCUUUGAAGCUGGUUGAGGAGAUAUUGCAAGCAGGAAUUAAGUUGAAUGUUGUUACUUAUACGGCAUUGUUGGAUGGUCUUUGUGAAGAAGGGAGGAUGAAGGAAGCAGAGGAAGUGUUUAGGGCAAUGCUGAAUGCUGGGGUGGCCCCUAACCAGGAAACCUAUACUGCCCUUGUUCAUGGCUUUAUUAAAGCUAAAGAAAUGGAGUAUGCCAAGGAUAUUUUAAAAGAAAUGAAAGAAAAAUGCAUCAAACCAGACUUGUUGCUCUAUGGAACGAUUUUGUGGGGCCUUUGCAAUGAAAGCAGACUUGAGGAAGCAAAGCUUUUAAUUGGCGAAAUUAAGGAAAGUGGUAUAAAUACAAAUGCUGUCAUUUAUACAACUCUUAUGGAUGCCUAUUUCAAGUCAGGUCAAGCCACUGAAGCACUCACUCUGUUAGAAGAAAUGCUGGACUUGGGUUUAAUCGCCACAGAAGUGACUUAUUGUGCAUUAAUUGAUGGCUUGUGCAAAUCAGGAUUAGUGCAGGAAGCAAUGCACCAUUUUGGUAGGAUGUCAGAAAUUGGUUUGCAACCCAAUGUUGCAGUUUAUACUGCUUUAGUUGAUGGCUUGUGUAAAAAUAAUUGCUUUGAAGUGGCCAAGAAGCUGUUUGACGAAAUGCUGGACAAAGGUAUGAUGCCAGAUAAAAUUGCUUACACUGCUUUGAUUGAUGGGAACAUGAAGCAUGGCAAUCUUCAGGAAGCCUUGAAUUUGCGAGACAGGAUGAUUGAAAUUGGAAUGGAGCUUGAUCUGCAUGCUUACACUGCCCUGAUUUGGGGACUGUCUCACAGUGGUCAAGUGCAAAAAGCAAGGAAUUUGCUUGAUGAGAUGAUUGGAAAGGGUGUGCUUCCUGAUGAGGUUGUUUAUAUGUGUUUGAUAAAGAAGUAUUAUGCACUAGGGAAAGUGGAUGAAGCUCUAGAACUGCAGAAUGAAAUGGCAAAGAGGGGUAUGAUUACUGGUCUUAGUGAUCAUGCUGUUCCUAGUGUGCAAACUUAAGAGGUGUAAGUGCUUGCACAUCUCAAUUUGUUGGUUCUGUGUUGAAAUUUUCAACUAGCGAGAUGAAAAUGAUUCAUUUUAUUUUCAUUGAGAAGAAACAGGGUUCAUGAAAUACAAAAAUACCGGAUGGAUGUGAAAGACUUGUUGCUAGCAUAUUGUCGAUGAUGAUUUGCUGAUAUGAGCUGUCCUUGGAUACCUAUGGACACUUGUUAAAAAUCCUUAGUGAUCUCAUAAUGCAAAAUCUGCUAGAGCAAGUUCUUACUCCUGAGCAUUCGUGUCACUAUCAAUAGAUGGAAUUUUAUAUCUCUGCCACACAAACCUAUUCAACUGCUUACAAGCCAGUUGGAUCCUAAGUUGGAAGAAAGAUGUUGACUCAGGUUCACGUUAGCAUGGAAUCAGCCAAGUGGAACUGUACAACACAGUUUAGAGGGGAGAAAAAACCUUUGCUUAGUUACCAUUUAUGGUUUGUCCAAAUUUAUCUUCAUGUGGAGAUGGUGGAUGAAAUUCUUAUUAUGGUUAAAGAAAUUCAAGUCAGAUGGAUCUCACCAUGGCUGCUUAUAUGAGUUUCAAGAAAGAUUUAGACAAGCAACUGGCAUGUCAACAAUUUGGAGGUGUCUGGCACAUAUUCAGGGGAUGAGGUGGUCCAGAGGGUUCUCUUCCAUUAGAAGACAAGUCAACUUAAUCCAGCUAUUUGUCUGCUGCAUGAAUCCUUCUCUGUCAUUCAGCUCUAUCUAUUAGCAAUAUCCUCCCCCGUGUAUCAUCAUGUCUCCUCAUUUUGGCUGAUAGAGCAUCUAACUUGAGUCAAAUCACUCCUCCAUACUGCAUCAUUCGUUGACCUUCUUUGUAGAAGCACAUGAUUGAACCAUCAUAAGAAACUCUCUUCAUCUUUCUCCUCAAUUGGUGCCACUUCUAGUUUCUCACAAUUCCUUUUGAUCCGUUUAUGGUUUUAUCAUAUUUCUACUGACCCAACUGACAUAUUCUUUGUUAUGCUUAUAAAAGCUUCAAAUCAAAGCUACCAUUAUUUGGGUACAAAUUUAUUCUUCCUACUGGUCAAACUGUUAUUUUAGAUAAAACAUACUGAGUUCAAACCAUGAUUUUACCACUCGUGAUGGCACCGAUCAUGUUCAAAUAUUGCUGAUCCUCUUUAGGAAUCUAUUUUUUUUCCCUCUGCUUGUACAAGUCAGUCUUGGAUAGUCAUAUUCUUCUUAAAAUGAAAACCUUAUUUCCAUUCUAACAACCAAUGAGGACAAUGCAUGGCAAAAUAUUGCUACUUAGCAUACUGAAACGGUUCAACAGUACUCAUGGGAAGUUCUGUCAUAGGGUCAAGCAAGAGCAUCUUUAAAGGCUGAGCUGGAAAUAUAUUGGAGUAGCAUUUUGUGGUUCAUUUUGUCAUGCAGAUGUUUUUGAGUGGUUUCUAAUCCCCAGGGCUCUCUAGCAGGAGCUUGCCGUUUGUUCUGGCUUCAGUUGUGCUUCAAACCCAAUGAACCUACAAAAGCAAAGAUGAUGACUUUAGUUAAUAUAGUUGUGAUCUUGUCCCUCACUGCUUGUCUAUCAGAUAGUCUCUAUGUUACCAACUUGUCUUUUUAUAUGGUUUCAUUGGCAGUUUAAUGGCCAGUCCAUUGCAAGUUAUGCACAGUUCAAUUGUUCUCAAACUACUGAAAGAAAUCCUUGUUUUAGGUUCAGGGUUUAGAUACCAGUCUCUGUUGUGUUUUUUACCUCAUAUUGGAAAGGUGUGUAACCAGUAUUUUUUUACUGCACUUUCCUUCCCAGAAUCUUAUGACUAAAAGCUUACACUGCUCAAGAUUCUCACUUAAGCAAUAUGAGAUAUCAAUUAAUUGGACCA